AGAGAGAGAGAGAGAGAGAAAAUCCCAGGUAGGCUCUUUGCUGCCAGUAUAGAGCCCUUUGUGGGGCUUGAACGCGUGAAACCAUGUGAUCAUGACCUGAGCCAAAAUCAAGAGCGGGAUGCUUAACUGACUGAGCCACCCAGGUGCCCCAUCCUUUUUACUUUUUUUGAAUCUUGCCUGUUGUGUUAACUGCCAUAUCCGUGUGUCUAGAACAAUGCCUGCACAUAUAGGGCAUUCAGUAAACAUCUGAUGAGUAAAUGAAUGGAUUGCAGCUGGAAUUGUCUUAUUCCCUAGUUACCUAAUACAGAUCUUCCUCCAGUUACAAAGGGGUUACAUCCAAUAAACCCAUCAUAAGUUGAAAGUGCAUUUAUUACAUCUAACCUACUGAACAUCAUAACUUCGCUUGACCUGCCUAAAUGUGUUCAGAACACUUCCAUUAGCCUGCAGUCGGGCAAAAUCAUCUAACACAAAGCCUAUUUUAUAAUAAAGUGUUGAAUAUGUCAUGUAAUUUAUUGAAUACAGUAUUGAAAGUUAAAAACAGAAUGGUUAUAUUGGGUACACUAUGGUUGAAAGCGUAUCGGUUAUUCACACUUGUGAUCGCAUGGCUGAGUGGGCGCCAUGCCCAGCAUCACAAGCAUCCUGCCAUGUAUCACUAGCCCUGGGAAAGAUCAAAAUUCAAAGUACAGUUCCUACUGAAUGCAUAUUAUUUUCACAUCAUCAUGAAGCUGAAAAAUCCUAAGUUGAACAGUUGUAGGUUGGGGACCAUCUGUAUUGUGAUUGGUACCUAGCAGGUGUUCUUUACAUUUCUCUGAAUGAAUGGUUAAUGAGAACUCUUAUGAGUUUGCUGCCAUCAUGAGAAUUUGCCUAGUCUCUUCUGUUCCCUUAACAUUGUAGGUCGCCAGAUAGCAGUGGAGCUUUCACUGCUGUAAAGGGUGUUUGUUAAUGUGUAAAGUCUUUGUCAGUGCACAUUUCAGUAAUGACUGUUGUAACAGCUCCUCUUAGAUCCAUACAGCAUGGACGUGGAAGAAACUUUAUAGCUACGCUGACCAGUUCUUUGCCUUUUACAAAUGUAAACACUGAAGCCAAAAAUAACCGGCAUUCAGCAACAUUCACCAACAUGAAAUCUGAGACUUUGGCCUUGUUCUCAAGGGGUUUACAUUUCAACAAGUGCAGGAAUCACAGCCACGGCCCCCACCCUCCAGGAUUUGGUCGACAUGGAGUCUGUGCAUAUGAAAGCAAAGAACUUGCCAAGGCGAGAGAAGCUCUUCCUCUUAUAGAGGACUCUAGUAACUGUGACAUUGUAAAAGCUACUCAGUACGGGAUUUUUGAACGUUGUAAAGAGUUGGUAGAAGCAGGAUAUGAUGUCAGGCAACCAGACAAAGAAAAUGUGUCGCUUCUUCAUUGGGCUGCUAUUAACAACAGGCUGGAUCUUGUAAAGUUUUAUAUUUCAAAAGGUGCUGUAGUAGAUCAGUUGGGUGGAGAUUUAAAUUCGACACCUCUUCACUGGGCCAUCAGACAAGGACAUUUGCCUAUGGUCAUAUUAUUACUCCAGUAUGGAGCCGACCCCACUCUCAUCGAUGGGGAGGGAUUCAGCAGCAUCCACCUGGCAGUAUUAUUUCAACACAUGCCUAUUAUAGCAUAUCUCAUCUCAAAAGGACAGAGUGUGAAUAUGACAGAUUUAAAUGGGCAGACACCUCUCAUGUUAUCAGCUCACAAAGUACUUGGGCCAGAACCAACUGGAUUUCUUUUAAAGUUUAAUCCUUCUCUCAGUGUGGUUGAUAAAAUACACCAAAACACUCCACUCCACUGGGCAGUUGCAGCGGGAAAUGUUAAUGCUGUAGAUAAACUUUUGGAAGCCGGUUCUAGCCUGGACAUCCGAAAUGUUAAGGGCGAAACACCUCUUGAUAUGGCUCUACAAAACAAAAAUAGGCUCAUUAUUCACAUGCUAAAAACAGAAGCCAAAAUGAGAGCUAACAAAAAGUUCAGACUCUGGAGGUGGCUGCAGAAAUGCGAGCUCUUCCUGCUGCUGAUGCUUUCUGUGAUUACCAUGUGGGCUGUUGGAUACAUACUGGACUUCAAUUCAGAUUCUUGGCUUUUAAAAGGAUGUCUUCUAAUAACAUUGUUUUUUCUGACAUCUUUGCUUCCAAGGUUCUUGGUCGGGUAUAAGAGUCUCAUCUACUUACCAACAGUCUUCCUGCUAAGUUCCAUUUUUUGGAUAUUUGUAACGUGGUUCAUCUUAUUCUUUCCUCAUCUAGCAGGCACCCCUUUCUAUUUUGCUUUCAUUCUCAGCCUAAUAGGCUUCCUCUACUUUUUCUACAAGACUUGGGCAACUGAUCCAGGCUUCACUAAAGCUUCUGAAGAAGAAAGGAAAACGAAUAUCAUCACCCUUGCAGAGACUGGCUGUCUGGACUUCAGAACAUUUUGUACCUCAUGCCUUAUAAGGAAGCCGUUAAGGUCACUUCAUUGCCACGUGUGUAACUCCUGUGUCGCUCGAUACGAUCAGCAUUGUCUGUGGACUGGACGGUGCAUAGGUUUCGGCAACCAUCAUUAUUACAUAUUCUUCUUAUUUUUCCUUUCCAUUGUUUGUGAUUGGAUUAUAUAUGAAUCUUUCAUCUAUUGGUCAAAUCAUUGUGCCACGACAUUCAGAGAAGAUGGACUGUGGACCUACCUCAAUCAGAUUGUGGCCUGUUCCCCUUGGGUUUUAUAUAUCUUCAUGCUAGCAACUUUCCACUUCUCGUGGUCAACAUUUUUAUUAUUAAAUCAGCUCUUUCAGAUUGCUUUCCUGGGCCUGACCUCCCACGAGAAAACCAGCCUGUUGAAGCAGAGCAGGCAUAUGAAACAGACAUUGUCCCUCAGGAGGACCCCAUACAACCUUGGGUUCACGCAGAACCUUGCAGAUUUCUUUCAGUGUGGCUGCUUUGGCUUGGUGAAGCCCUGUGCCGUAGAUUGGACGUCCCAAUACAACAUGGUCUUCCACCCAGCUAAGGAGAAAGUCCUUCGCUCAGUAUGAAGAAAAGCGACCCCAGACUCUCACUCUGAUCUGUGUUCAUGUUGAUGCCCUGUGGUCUGCAAGUGAAGUGAAGAUUAGGAGUUCACCGAAGCCCAAAGGAAAACACAGGUGGUCUGUAAAGCUAUUUAGUAAAAACACAAGUUCUCCAGAAAGGCACUACGCUUUUAGAUUUAGCAAGAUGGACUGUUCCUGAACAAUCUUGGCAGACAUCUAAAAAUGCUUUUAUAUGUUUCACAAGAAAAUACAACUUACUUUUUUUUUUUUUUUAGAUAAUAUUCACCAAUUAUGGAUAAAAUGUAGUAUUUUCGAAUACUUUAUUGGUUGUUUCAAAAUAGUACUAUUCUUUAAGCUUGUAAUUUUUGAUAAAUUAUUUGUUUGUUUUAUCUAUAAAUAUGUAAAAAAUAUCUAAAUAGAUGUACCUGUUUUGCUUUCACACUUAAUAAAUUUUUUUUUUUUUUUUUUU